CCAGGCAACCCUGCACGUGACGCUGGCGGAGGAAGGCGAGAGAGAGGCGCGGGAGGGGGUCUAGGGAACCGAGGUGCCGGCUGCUUUUUCCUCACAAUUCGGUUUGUGCAGCAAGGGGAGGGUCCUCAUCAUCUGGCCCCAGUGGUGUAAUGAGCUGACUGGGAUUCAGUUGCUGGCUUGGAGCCGCUCCGGGGAAGUCCCGGUGGGUGAGGUUCCGCAGCGCCUGGUCCCGUUUCUCGGCAGUCGGGUAGGUGGGGUAGGGGGGAAGGUGCGAACAGCCAGGGGCACGGAGCUCGCGCCCUGCGCCCCACCCAGGUUGUGGCCGCCCGGGGAGGAAGCGCGCAUAGGUUGAGUGCAAAGUUUCCUUUUUUGCUUUCUCGUCAGAGCAGCCCUCACAGGCGGUGGGUGGGAAUGCCUCGCUUCAGUUUGAAGAGGGUCCGGAGCCAAAGGGGUUAAAACAAGCUACUUCCCCACUCUCCGCCUCUCUAAAACGCACGCUCCGCUAGCCAUGGGCAGCCGCGACCACCUGUUCAAAGUGCUGGUGGUGGGGGACGCCGCAGUGGGCAAGACGUCGCUGGUGCAGCGAUAUUGCCAGGACAGCUUCAGCAAACACUACAAGUCCACGGUGGGAGUGGAUUUUGCUCUGAAGGUUCUCCAGUGGUCUGACUCCGAGAUAGUGCGGCUUCAACUGUGGGAUAUUGCAGGGCAGGAGCGUUUUACCUCUAUGACACGACUGUAUUAUCGGGAUGCCUCUGCCUGUGUUAUUAUGUUUGACGUUACCAAUGCCACUACCUUCAGCAACAGCCAGAGGUGGAAACAGGACCUAGACAGUAAGCUCACGCUGCCCAAUGGAGAGCCCGUGCCCUGCCUGCUCUUGGCCAACAAGUGUGAUCUGUCCCCUUGGGCAGUGAGUCGGGACCAGAUUGACCGGUUCAGUAAAGAGAACGGUUUCACAGGUUGGACAGAAACAUCGGUCAAGGAGAACAAAAAUAUUAAUGAGGCUAUGAGCGUCCUUAUUGAAAAGAUGAUGAGAAAUUCCAGAGAAGAUACCCUGUCUUUGUCUACCAAAGGGGACUACAUCAAUCUACAAACCAAAUCCUCCAGCUGGUCCUGCUGCUAGAAUUGUUUGGCUUGCUUUCCAUUCCAGUUCUGGGAGUCCUUCUCAAUCUCUUCCCUUUGGUUGCCAACCUGGCAAUUUUUUUCAGUACAUUCGAAUUGUCUCCUGACUGCUGUCCAGGAAGGAGGCCCGUUGUCACUUGGAAAAGACACCUGGGACCCAUGUGCAUUUCUGCAUCUCCUGGAUUCGCCUUUGACAUGCUGCCGGCUGAUGUUAGUUCCAGUUAGUGCCUUCUGUGUAAGAUCAUCUCAUCAUUCCUCCAUCUGUGAUCUGGAAUUUUGCGAGGAGGAUAAGAAAUCAGCACCUGCGUUUUGGAGGUUAUAAUUCUCGCCUACUUUUGAGCUUAUUUUUCUAUUUGGUAUGCACUGAUAUCAUGACUUCCAAUGGAGAGGAAAAGGAGAUCAAUGUCAUUUCCCAAAUUUCUUGUAGGCCAUUGCUUUCAGAUUCUUUCUGUCUUGGAAUGGAAACAUCUGAUUCUGGAAUGAGGAAGGAGUGGGUGUGGCUAUCUAUGGAUUUUUGGCUACUAGAAGCUACCCAGAAGUCCCUGUAUUUUUGAAACUUCUAACGUCAUAAUUAAGUGUCUCUUGUCUUGGCAUCAAGAAUGGUCAAGUUUUUUGGCUGGGCAUGUAUCUCAUACCUGUAAUCCCAAUAUUUGGGGAGGCCAAGGUGAGUGGAUCACUUGAGGUCAGGAGUUCAAGACCAGCCUGGCCAGCAUGGCAAAACCCCAUGCAUGCCUUGAUGGCAUGCAUCUGUAGUCCCAGCUACUCUGGAGGCUAAAGUGGGGAAAUUGCUUGAGACUGGGAGGCAGAGGUUGCAAUGAGCAGAGAUCAUGCCACUGCACUCCAGCCUGGGCAACAGAGCCAGACUCCAUCUCAAAAAAAAAGAAAAAAAGAAUAGUCAAAUUUUAAACCACCUAUCUCAUGCAAUGAGAGCAUUUUCUUCCACAAAGAGCUUAGUUCUCAUGAUAGGGUUGUCUAGUGUCUCCUGUUUCCAGGUUUCUGGGUUGAUGUCUUAAUGCAUAAUACUGCAAGUGACAUCAGUUGGCUGUGAUGCUUCGAAAUAGGUCUGCUCCUCACAGCUUUGGGAAUCUGAAUGGAAGAAGAAAAGGGAGAAGUUAACAGCCUCCACCGGGCAACUUGGGGAGCACUUACACACUUAGUCAUAGGAAACAAAUAUUACAUGGAGGCCCUGGCCUUGGGGAGAAGAGUGGAGAGACAGAAAAUCGUUAGGUAAUUUAAGUACUAAGUUGGGCAGGGUUUUGUGGUAUCAAAUCACUACGAGACAGUUUAAUUUGUUAAAUUCUCUCAAGAAUGGUGAUUUAUAACCUGCCCAAAGGUAUUGAUAUUCUUAGUAAACUCAGAGGGCUGAAGUUCUUUGAUAGACCUUAAAUAAGUGUCCUAAGUCAGGAUUCCCAAAUCUGGCUGGUCAGAAAUACCUGGGAAGUUUGUUAACACUUUAAAAAAUGUUUUAAGAUUUUUGGGUCCCAACUUCAAAUCUACUGAAUCAAAAUUUCGAGGGACGAAACCUAGGUAUGUGUUGUUGUUUUCAGAGCUUCUCAGGUGAUUGCGAACAGCCUGGUUUGGGAACCAUUGCUGGAGAACUUGGUAAAGAUACAAAGACCCAGACCUUUUGUAUUUGCAUUUAAAUACAAAUCCUGGGUUUCUAUAUACUCUGUUAGCUCUUUGCUGAUGCUGCUACACACGAGACUUUGAAAACUGCUGUCCUAAGAAGGAGAUCAGAGGCCACAUAUCAGAGAAGGGGGGAUCAAAUCUUCGGUGGUUUGUUGUGUGGUUUUUUUAAUGUCAGUUAUUUUAACUUGAAUAGGCUUCUGAAAACUUGUAUUAUUAGUUCUCUUUUGUAUUACCAUUUUCAGAUGGGGAUUUGAUUACUAUGAUUCUGAAGAUAACAGUGGAGUAGCAAAUUUCAUUGAUAUCAAGAGAUAAUUGAUUUUCAUUCAUUGGUUUGAACACCUGCAAAAUCACAAAUAAAUGAGAACUAAGUCUUGUA